AUGUACGUCCCUUAUUUUAUUGUCCGCAUAAGUGAGCGCAAGCGGCGCCACUACACGGAAGCUCCGGCAAGCGAAGAAGGAACCAACGAUAAGGACAAGGCCGCGAAGAGCGACGCCGAAGACAAGGAGGAGGAGAAGAAGGAAGAGGACGGGUCUUCCGCUAAGCCGCCGUCCCCCGGCGGAGGGGGCACCGCGGAAGAGGAGGACAACGGCGCCGGGGGGGGGGGAGAACAGAACAGUGCCGGAGAGGAGGCCAACGGCGGCGGCGGCAUCGAUCUAGUACCGGCCGCGGACAGCGACGGCGAUGAAGAUGACAAGGAGGAGGAAGGUGCUGGGGGUGGGGAGAGAGACGAUGAUGGUGAUGGUGAUGGUGGUGGCAGCACCGCGAACGGGGGUUCCGAGUCUCCGAAGGCAGAGGACGGGGAUGCCUCCGCCGCCGCGGCGGGAGAGGGGGGCGACGACGAGUAGGGGGGGUACAUAGCGUGUUGGUUUCUUAGGGACCCACGGGGCCCCCAGCGGGGAUGCCUCCGGCGGGAGAAGGGGACGACGGGCCAAGCAUGGGUGCUCAACGCCACGCGUGGUCUCUGUGGCAGGGGGGGAGGUCGCCUGUUUUUCGGCGUCGACGGGGGAGGCCGCUUUUCGUUGUAUGGCGCGAAGGAUGUGUGGAGCGAUGCGUGGGCGAUAAGUGUUCUGGUUGGUGGGUUGGUCGUUUCGGAGGGGGAAUUGUGGUGAAAGCUGAGACUUAAGCUCUUCNGGGGGGGGGGGGGGGGGGGGUACUCAAGGUGAGGUGGAGCACGCGGUAGUCAAAUGCCAUUCGUAGCUGUCUCGGUGCGGUCUGCGCCGUGUGGUGUCGACCUACUCGGUGCUUACGGGAGGUAGCAUGUACGGCAGGAAGGGUUAGUUCUGUUUUUGGGGGGGUGGGGCACUGGAGUACUACACCGCAGUAGUGUGGGGAGAGUAUCGAGAGCAUAGGGAACGGGGAGAGAGGUGGCGCACCUCUUGGCACACGUCGAUGCAACGUAACACGCACAACUGUCUCUCCGGUGUAGGGAGAGCGCUAUGUGCUCUUCUCUUACCGCCCGUAAGUUUCAGCCGUUUUACAUAUAGUUCUUGCCGUGCCUGGGCGUGGUCUCAAAAUCAGCCCAAUUGCUUUACAGCUAGGUACCGGACGUUGCGAGCAUUUCGGGCGCUCUCUCGUUUUGAUUUCGUCGGUGCUUCAGCUUGGCAAUGUCUGCUGUUGUUGGAGGCGGAAAUCGACGGGUGCAAAGUCGGUAUAAACGUAGUGGGUAGAUAGCUGAUGUAAGAGGAUCGGCGGAAGGAAGAUUGCUUGUUUUUCAUGUACUUUUUUUCUUCGAAUGUUGUGACUCAGCACCGAGUACCGGUAGAAUACAAACAAACGCACCGAUAAUUCCAUGAAUAGAAGCGUUGUUGAUCGAGUAUAAGUGCAAGAGGUGGCUGAUGGUACGUACGGCAGGUACAAAUAUGCUGCACAUCCCUGUAUGCGUUCCAUGGGAGAUUUGCGGUGCAUGUAUGCCCUACUGUCGGAAGGACUCGCGGCCGUAUGAGGGUCCAUUUACUCCUCCUACACACAUGUAGCCUUUCGCGUGGAGGAUCGCCUACCAUUAGCACACCAUCAAGCAGGCAAGUUCCUUCUACAAUGAAUAGUGAAUGGAUCGCACCCUCGUGUGACGACGGUGGCAGGUGUUCUUUCGGGAAUUAUUUUUGGAUUCGAAAACGGCGAUUAUAUAUUUUUAAUGCUCAAAAGUGUUCUGCGAAUAGAAGAAGCUCC